AUGGGUUUACUUUUCGGACUCUUGUGGCUGUUUACCAGCUUCCUGCAGGGCGUGCACGGACAGGGCGUGUACGCGUCUCCCACUGUGCGAAUUGUGCAAUCAGGUCAGUCCUGCAACGUGGAGGAAGAGCAAUACAGCGAGAGGGUUUACACCAUCAGAGAGGGGGAGACUCUGGAACUUCAGUGUCUGGUGACCGGACACCCCCGACCGCAGAUCCGUUGGAUGAAGACAGCGGGCGGAGCCUCGGAUCGUCACGGUAACUAUUCGCUGCAAAGCGAAACUCUGAAGAUCGAAAACAUUCGUCGCCACCAGGGCGGGCGAUACUACUGCAAGGCUGAGAACGGCCUGGGCUUGCCGGCCAUCCACUCCAUGCGAGUGGAUGUCUACUAUCUGGACGACCCGGUGAUCACGGUUCAUCAGAGUGACGAUGAAGCCAAGGAGCAGUUUUACUUCGAGCGGACCGUGUUCCUCCGCUGUGCUACCAACUCCAACCCUCCGGUCCACUACACCUGGCUGAGAGGCAGGGAGGUGCUGUCAGAGGGCACCGACUCCGGGGUGGAGAUAUACAAGCCAUUUUUCACACAGCAAGGCGAGACAAAGAUUUUGAAGCUGAAAAAUCUUCGUGUGCGGGAUUUUGCCGACUACACUUGCAUCGCCUCGGUGAAGAACGUUUGUGACUUACAAGACAAGAACGUCCUCUUCAGUCUGAACAACAGGACAGCUCCCCCUUCCAUUAAACUUCUCCUGGACGACCCGGUGGUGGUGAACCCGGGGGACACGGUCACUCUGGUGUGUGCAGUGACGGGCGGAGACCCUCCACCGACGCUGAUGUGGUCGAGGCUGGAAGGGGAGGAGCUCCCGAAGAGGAGCGCCGUUAACGAUGGCACCCUGACGUUUCCUGUCCUGACCGUGGACGAUGGAGGCGCCUACACCUGCACCGCCUCCAACAACGUAGGAAACGCAGCGAAGAAGUCCGCGAUCGUGAUGGUUCGAGGUCUCCGUAAGGGCAGGUUCUGGAUCACACCAGACCCAUACCACCACGAAGACAACAUCCAGAUCGGCCGGGAGGUGAAGAUCAGCUGCCAGGUGGAAGCCACACCUCUGGAGGAGCUGCAGUUCAGCUGGUUGAAAAACGGCCGGCCGCUGAGGAGCUCUGAGCGGAUGGUCAUCACCCACAUGGACACGGGCGUCUCUCCGGGAACCACCAACCUGGACAUCAUCGACCUGAAGUUCACCGACUUCGGCACCUACACCUGUGUGGCCUCGCUGAGGAACGGAGGAACCCCAGAGAUCAGCAUCGACGUCAACAUUUCAUCCACCACAGUUCCUCCUGAGCUCACCAUCCCCAAGGGCCAGUCCGAACUCAUGGUUCAUGAGGGCGACACCGUGGACCUGCAGUGCUUGGUCUCAGGAAAACCCAAACCCAUCAUUCUGUGGUCUCGUGUGGAGGAAAGCGGGUCGGCGGCCGUACCGACUGCGAUGCCCGACGGCUCGGCUCAGGUGGAGAGCUACGACGGCAUCCUGAGGAUCAACAACGUGACGAGGGAGAUGAGCGGGACGUACCGCUGCCAGACGAGCCAGUACAACGGGUUCAACGUGAAACCCAGGGAGGGUCUGAUCCAGCUGGUGGUGCACUUCCCCCCGACUGUCGAGCCGGUGUUCACAGAUGUUCGUCAGGCCCUCAGCCGAGCCUUCAGCCUCACCUGCAGCUUACUGGAGGCCAACCCGGCUCGCCUCCUUCGAUACGAGUGGAAGCUGGGCUCACGCCUUCUGACCGUCGGAGAGCUCAGUCACCAAAACCUUGACACCAGCUACCAAGUCAAAGCACUGAACCGAGAGGGCUACGGCGAGUACACCUGCGACAUAACCAAUGAGGCGGGAGCGGGACGCUGUACCUUCCUGGUCACAGGGAAAGCCCACACUCCAGAGUUUUACUACGACGUCUACAGCACUCUGUGGCAGAACCGACCCCAGGUCUAUGGCUUCAAGCUGCAGUGGACUCAGAUGGAGCCCAAUGCCGUGGAUCGGAUUCUGGCCUACAGGCUCGGUAUCAAGCAGACGGGACAGUCUCGCUGGUGGGAGCAGGAGAUCCCCAUGGAGAGAACCAUCCAGAAGGGCCAGCUGCUGACCUACAACCUGACAGAACUGAUCAAACCCGAGUCCUACCUGGUCCGCCUCACCCCCAUCACCCGGUAUGGAGAGGGGGACACCUCAGAACGCAUCAUCACGUACAGCGCUCCUGUGAACCCACAUCUCAGGGAGUUCCAGUGUGGUUUUGAGGAGGAGGCGUUAUGCUUGUUCUCUCAGGACAAAGCGGAUGAUUUCGACUGGACUCGCCACCGCGCCGCCUCACGGGACACAAAAUACACGCCCAACACCGGACCGAGCUCUGACCGCUCCGGCUCGAAGCAGGGUUUCUACAUGUACAUCGAGACGUCGAGGCCGAGGCUGGAGGGCGACAAGGCUCGUCUGCUGUCCCCAACUUUCAACAUGAACUCCAAGAAUUUUAUCUCCUCUUCCUCCGUCGGCAACAGCCCCACCUACUGCUUCACCUUCUACUACCACAUGUAUGGAAAACACAUAGGAAAGCUGAACAUCUUCUUGCGUCAGAAAGGUCAGACGUUGACGGACACCUUAGUCUGGAGUUUGUCCGGUAACCAAGGAAACUACUGGAGGCAGGCUCGGGUCGACAUCCACCCGACUGCAGCCUUUCAGAUGGUGAUGGAGGGGGUCCGAGGCCCUGGGAUCGAAGGCGAUAUCGCGAUUGAUGAUGUCACGAUUGAGGAGGGCGAAUGCAAAGACCCCCCACCCAACAGUGAGCCCCAUCAGAAUUUAAGGUCAUUGGCCCCGCCCUCAUCAAACCAUAUAUGGCACCUCUGCUUCACUCUGAGGCUUGUUCUGAUUGGCUGGCAGAGGUGACCCCAUCCUACGCUGCACACUUUCCAUACAGGACGCCACGAGUUUUGACUCCUACAGCCCCCAGCCCUUUUCUACGACUGAGGGCAAUUUUUAUUAAUUUAUUUUUGUUUUUUGUAACU